AUGAAGUUCAUCGCUAUCGUUGCGACCACUAUUCUCGCGGCCACCGCCUACGGUGCUGCCGCCCCAGAGGCCGCCCCAGAGGCCGAAGCCAACCCAGACUGCUGGUUCCGUGGGCAACCCUGCCGCAAGCUCAAGCGCGAGAUCGAAAUCGUCGAGCGUGAGGCCAACUGCUGGUUCCGUGGUCAGCCAUGCUCCAAGGUCAAGCGUGAUCUUGAGAUCGUUGAGCGUGAAGCCAACCCCGACUGCUGGUUCCGCGGCCAGCCCUGCAAGGCCAAGCGUGACGCUGCCGCUGACUGCUGGUUCCGUGGGCAGCCCUGCACGAAGGUCCGCCGUGAGCUCGAGAUCACCGAGCGUGAUGCGAAGGCCAACCCAGAGGCCCACUGCUGGUUCCGUGGCCAGCCCUGCUCCAAGGCCAAACGCGAAGUCGAGCUCGCUGAGCGUGAGGCCCACUGCUGGUUCCGUGGCCAGCCCUGCUCCAAGGCCAAGCGCGACCUGGACCUCGCCGAGCGCGAAGCAGAUGCUGAGGCCAACUGCUGGUACCGUGGCCAGCCUUGCUCCAAGGCCCGCCGCGACCUUGAGGCACGCGAGGCUCUUGACAUCUUCGAGCGUGAAGCCGACCCUGACUGCUGGUUCCGUGGGCAGCCCUGCAAGAAGGUCAAGCGCGAGCUUGAGAUGGAGUUGGAAUAG